UACCGGUGUUAUUUUAUUUUUAUACCUUAAGCAUGGCAUUAGAAAUACUGAAACAAGGCGCUGAGGGUCGUCUAUACCUUGGCGAAUUCAAAGGUGAAUCGUGUUUGAUAAAGGAGCGGUUUGUCAAAAAAUAUCGUCAUCCAGAUUUGGACACACAAAUUACGCGGCAACGCAUGAAGGCCGAGGUGAAGGCAGCUGGCCGUUGCCUGGCUGCUGGUAUCCUUGCACCGCGUAUUCUCCACUCUGAUUUGAAUACACACAAACUGUAUAUGGAGUACUUUGGCAGCGCCAAGACAGCAAAACAAUUUAUACAGAAAACAGUCGCCGAGUCAGCCGAAGAGCAGGCGAAACCGCUGCUGGAGGAGCUGUGUACACAGAUUGGCGGCAUCAUUGGCAAAAUGCAUGCCAACAAUAUAAUACAUGGCGACCUCACCACAUCAAAUAUUCUAAUCAAUCCAAAAGCGACUGGCUAUGAUGUCAUUUUCAUAGAUUUUGGAUUGAGUCAUUAUAAUCAGGCUACGGAAGAUAAGGGCGUAGAUCUCUAUGUGCUGGAGCGAGCUCUCUUGAGCACACAUAGCGAGCAACCUUAUCUAUUCGACUAUAUCCUGGCAGCAUAUCGAAAGGAGUGCGGCAAGGAUGAGGAAGCCGUGUUGGCCAAGUUUGAGGAAGUGCGUGCACGCGGACGCAAACGCACAAUGAUUGGUUAACAUCAUCUAUAUUCAACGAAUACUUAAAUAAUAAAUUGUUAAACUUACAUU